UUUAAUUUAGGAAUGUUAAGUUUUUAGAAUAUUAAAAUGUUUAAAGUCAGAUCCUUCGUCAGAUUACAAAAUGUAAUACCACAUUUUCCUGUAACCCAAAGACAUUUAAAAUUAAUAUAUCCACAUUUCUCAACUAUACAACAAGCACCAGAAUAUAAAAUUUCUGAUGAAGAUAUAUCUAGAUUGAAAAGGAAAUUUGCAUCACCGCGUAAUAUUAUUUCAAAUUUUUAUAAUCAAGUUGAACGAACACAGAACAUAAAAACAGGCUGUCAUUUUGGUUUUAAUAAAAACAAAAAAAAUCAAUGGUCCUGUAAAUUAAGUGUUCAAUGGCCCAACCCCAUUGUAUUUUCAAGUGUGGCUACUACCAAAGCCAAAGCUGGAGAAAUGGUUUCUUUAAAUGCUAUUCAAUGGUUACAAGAUAUGGAAAAACUUGAUCAUUCAGGAAAGCCAUUAAUAGUAUCAAAUAAGCAACGUAUAGAUGUAGCAACAUCACCAAUUGCUUCAAUUGAUUUGAGUGAACAAAAUGUUAAAUUAAUUUCAAGCUUAGUACAAAAAUACAAUCAGGAAAUUAAACCAUUAAUAAAUAAAAAAAAACCAGCAUUAAUUGAAGAUGACCAAAUGAAGGAGGAUGAUUUAAGUUUUAUAUUACCUUCAUUUUCACAUUUUGACUAUAUAAAACGAAACGAAUAUCUUUAUAAAAAAACUACACAAACAUCGUCUGAAUUAGUCCAAUUACCUAUAGACAGCUAUGAAUUUGACUUACUAGACAUGAUUGAUAAUAAUCGAGUAACUAUUAUAAAAGGAGAACCAGGGUGUGGUAAAAGUACAAGGGUGCCCAAUUUCAUUAUGAAAAAAUGGAGUCAAGAAAAAAAAGGAAGUGACUGCAACAUAUAUGUUACUCAGCCAAGACGAAUAAGUGCACUAACACUGGCUAAUCGGGUUGCUGAAGAACGAUCAGAAGAAUUAGGCAAUGUAGUUGGUUUUCAAGUGCGGUUGAAACAAAUAUUACCCAGAAAACCGGGCACUAUAGUGUUUGCAUCUAGUGGCAUACUACUUCAGAAAUUACAAGCAGACCCUGGACUAAAAGAAUUUUCACAUGUUAUUAUUGACGAAGCUCAUGAACAAGAUAUUAACACAGAAAUAUUAUUGAUGCUUACAAAGAAUGCAUUGCAGUUAAAUGACAAGUUAAAAUUGAUUAUAAUGAGUGCAACUCUAAAUGCCGAACACUUCCAGAACUAUUAUGGCCAUUCAGCUUCAACUAUUGAAAUACCAGGCUUCACACAUCCUGUGAAAACUCAAUUCUUAUCAAAACAAUUGGCUAGGGAAUGGGGUAUUUAUGAUACAACUGUUGAAGAAAAUAAUAAACCUUAUUGGAAUCCACAACUAGCGGCAAAUGUAAUAAAAUGGAUAAAUAAAAAUAAACCACCUGGAGCUAUAUUAUGUUUUGUAUCUGGUUGGCAAGACAUAAUUGAUGUGAAUAAACUGUUACAACAAAGGCCUAAUAACUUCGAAAUAAUGUUUGCCCAUUCUAAACUGACACCUGAAAAACAAAUAGAAAUCAUGAAACCUGCAAGUGAUGGAAGACGAAAAGUUGUGCUGGCUACAAAUAUUGCUGAAACCAGUAUCACUAUUAAUGAUGUAGUAUAUGUAGUUGACACUGGUAUGCAAAAUAUAUCUAGUUGGAAUGCAGAAAAAGGUAUUAAGUUAUUAGAUCGUUGUUGGGUUUCUCAAGCUAAUGCAAAACAAAGAAGAGGUCGUGCUGGAAGAACUCGACCUGGAGAAUGUUACCAUUUAUAUUCAUUGGAUCGUUUCAAAAACUUCUCUGAGUUUCCUACACCAGAAAUCCAAUUAACUCCUCUUGAGCAUACUAUUAUUACUCUUAAGAUACAUAGUCAGGAUAAAGCAAAAGUUGUAUUGUCCAAGCUUUUGAAUUCACCUAGUGUAGAAACCAUAGAUAUCGCCGUUUCAGAAUUACAACUUCUUGGGGCAUUAGACAAAGAAGAGAAACUAACAGCAUUAGGAAAACGAAUAGCUGCAUUCCCAUUUGAUCCAUGUCUUUCAAAAGCUUUAGUUCAUUCUGUAUUUUUAAAAUGUCUAGAUUCUACGUUAACAAUCAUCACUUAUUUAUCAAGUAAUGUGAACAUAUUUAAAGAAACUACUGCAGUCGAUUCACGAAUUAUAAAAAAGAAGUAUUCUUCGUGUAGUGAUCACUUGGCUGUGGCAAAAAUAUUUUCUGAAUGGAACAGCACACAAAAUCGUUAUAAUAAUGACAGUAAUACUUCAUUAUCAUAUAAUAAUCUUAUACUUAUAAAUAAAUUGAAAAAUUUAUUUACCCAACAUUUGUAUAAUAGUAUGCUCAUUGAAGACAAAGACGCUAAUAAUUUAAAUUUAAACUCAGAAAAAUCAUUAGAUCAACUAGUACCAGCUGUGCUAAUUUCUGGAUUUGGAAAUUUAGUUUUUAGAAGAUCAUUUAUGAGACGGAAUGGACGUUUAGAUUAUUCAUUUAUUAAUGAUGCUGGAAUUAAAGUUAUACAUCAUUCAGAAAGUGUAAAUUAUAAUAAAAAUAAAGAAAAUGAGUUAUUAACUUACUUUAGAGAAGGUAGAUCACUUGACCAUAAUGUUGUAAUGCUUAAUAAAUCUUCAUAUGUUCCUCCAACUUUAGCUGUAUUAUUUUUUAAUGGUCAAGCAUCAUUUAAACAUGAUGGACACAACAAUUGUUUGAUAUACAUACAAAAUGGAAAACGUGUUAAUAUUUCUUGUUCUAAAGGUGAUUGGGAAACAUUAUUAUCCCUAAGAAAUGUAAUAAGGAGUUUUAUUGAUUUUCUGAUGGAGACAUAUGGACAUUAUGGCACUAAUGAUCAAUCAUUUGAUGAAAUUAUGAAUUUCCGUGAUUCUGUGUGUUCUGUUUUGUGUAAGCUUGUUGAAAAAUGAUUUUUUUAAUUGUUUAUCUCAUAGUUUUGUAAAAUGUUAUUAGUUUAUAGACAUUUGUAUUACGAUAUAUAAUUUUAUUGUAUAAAAGAAUUUAUCAUGUAUCUUGUGCAAUUUAAAUACAAUACAUCUUAUAUUUUUAUUCAUGUAAUCCAGUUGAAACAAUGUAAUUUGUGUAUUGAAAGUAAUUAUUAUUAUUAUUAAAAACAAGUUUACAAAAAUAAUUUUAAAAUAAUAGUUAGUAUGUUAUUUUUUUUGUUUUUAUUAUUAUCUAUUACGUUCAAUACUCAGUGAAAUAAUUUGAGGACUUAUUCUGCCUCUCAGAAUUAUGAAGUCUUUAAGCGGGCUGUAUUUUGCAACAUUCAAAGCAUUGCAUUGUAUAUAAUAAUAUGAAUAUAGAGUUGUAAUUAAUAUAAAAAAAAUAUAUUCAAUAACCUGUAUACUGUUUGAAAAAAAUAAAUAGUUUAGAAUUUUUGAUUUGUCAA